AUGCAAUUCAAACCUCAAGAAGAAGAUUUGACGUUGGUUGUUACCGGCCAUGGUGUGGCCGACUACGAUGCCUGGCUAAAGGUAUUCACUGGUGCUUGCGAGGCUCCCAAAGAGGAAAACUUUCAUCGCAAUGUCUUGCAAGUCAAGUACCAUUUGGCCGCGCAGCAAACCAACCCCAAACAAGGCACCAGCAAUCCUUGCUGCCUGGUAGUGGCUGUCUCGCCUUCGACGACGGACGCAAUCAUGGAGGGGGUGCUCAAGUACGAGGGCGAACCCUUUGAUACAUUCAAAAAAGACGGAACCAUGAUCCCUCCCUUUGAACCCAACAUGAUGGGCCGUUUGGUUGCCGAUCGCUGGGAUGUCCCGGAAGAAGAGGUGGGGGAGGAUUUGAAAAAGAAUCCCGGAAACUACAUGGUAUAUGUGGCAUCCCAUGGUGUCCCCUCGUUUGACAAAUGGUACACGGAAGCCUUUGGCGGUGGAGCUCCCA